CUGGUGGUUUAAAUAAUUCUAACGAAGCUUUAUAUAAUACCUUUUCUAAUACUUUUAAUUUCUUUAAUGAGAACUUUGAUGAUAUUUCACUAUAUAAUAAUCUUCUUAAUAAUGAUGUGAACUUUUUGCCAGACUUCGAACUGCUACCUCUUAAUAGUAAUAUUAAUGAUAUACAAUAUUUUGAACCACUUAAUGACGUUUCCGAUUAUGAUAUCCCCACUUUUGAGUUACUUAAUGAUAUAUUAUAUUAUCAAUAUAACCUCACU